AUGAAAUUCUCUCAAACACAGCAACAACCAGACGUUGUGAUUGCAGUCAUCCUUGCUUUUCUCCUUCUUUCCUCCUUCUGUUUGUGUGCACAGUUUGAUUCCAAAGUCUCAGGAGGUACCUCAGCCACUGAUAAUGAAUUUCCACACAUGGUCAGCAUUCAAUACUUUUCAAGUCCAACCGCCACAGGAAUUCACUAUUGUGGGGGAACUUUGAUUUCUCCCAAACAUGUCGUUACAGCCAGUCAUUGUGAAAUUGGUCUCACGAUGGAUAAGAUUCGAAUUGUGAUGGGUUCCUCCAGCAAUGUGUGUUCCUCAAAUCUUGCAGCUUCCCAGAAAUGCAUCAUGAGAGGUGUCACCCGUUUCACUAAACAUCCCAACUAUGAUUCGAGUACCAUCAAGAAUGAUAUUGCAAUCAUUGAAUUGGAUCAACCCGUUCCUUUGGAUGGAUGGCGAGUCACGUCAGCUGUCGUCGAAGGAUCUACCAUUCCAACCAAUACACAGGUGUAUAUUGCAGCUCAAGUUCCAGUCUCACCUGCAUCGGUGUGUAAUGCCAAGAAUUUGGGAAUGACCACUCCGCAACAAAUUUGUGGUGGAAAUGGAAAUGGAAUUGACACUUGUGGAGGAGAUUCUGGUGGACCAUUGUUUAGAAAAGUAGUUCCACAAAGUGGAUUACCAAUUUUCGUGUUGGCUGGUGUGGUGAGUUAUGGACCUCCUGGAUGUGGUGGAUCAAAUGUGGGUGUUUAUACCAAUGCCACUCAUUAUUUGGAUUUCAUUAGAAGUCAAGUGUCUACUGGAACUCAAUAUACUGUUGCAACACUUGCUUAUGGAGCUCAACAGCCUUCUCAACCAACUCCUCAACCAUCUCCAACACCAGUCACACCACAGCCAACUCCAAAACCUUCCCAACAAUCAUGCAAGUGCAAAUGCUAUUGUAAGAAAUUACAAGCUUUGAGAGAAGGAAAAUUGAGAGGAAAUUUAUGGAUGACAUCUUCCUCUGCUUCAUCAAAACCACAACAGGAUGAAAACAAAGCAGUAGAAGUGCAAACAGAGUGUAGUACCAAUUCCAAGUGUGAAACACAUGCUUUGAAUUCUUCUGCAUCUCAAGUUGGAACCAAAGUGGCAUUGAUUUUCUCAUUGUUAGCGAUUGCUUUUGUUUUUUGGUAA